AUGAAGGAAACUGUGACCUCAUACACCUCAAAAUCAGAUAUAGAGAAAAUCCUCAUAGAGGCUACAGGGAAUGAGAAUUGGAAUAUUGCUAAUUCAAAGCUACAAAUGCUUGCAGAUGCUGCACAUCAACAUGAUAAUUAUCAAAGAAUUAUGGAUCAUCUCAAGGGAAAGCUAGAGUGCCCAGCUUUCGAAUGGAGAAGGGUGUUGAAGGUAAGUAAAUAGAAGUGUCUUAUUAGUAUGUAGUCACUUGUUGCCCUUGAGUAUAUACUUAAGCACGGCCCAGCUAGAGUUUAAUAGGACUUGAGAAACGAGAUGUUUAGGUUGAAUAAAUUACAAUAGUUUACACAUUUUGAGGAUGGAUCUGACAAGGGCAACUCAAUUAGACAGAAAGCGCAUUUGAUUGCUGAUCUCGUCACUAUAUAGACUAAAUAUGAUGAGGAAAGAGAAUUAGCUAGAUAGUAUAGAGAGAAGUUUUAUUCUAAACCUGGUGGAAUCUCAUCAGAUUCAAUGUCUAGCAUGAAUGGUUCUCAUGGUAGCAAUGGAAAUUAUAAUAGUAUGGGAUCGCAAGGGUACGGAGGGUAUGCUCCAAAGUAAGAAGAAGCAGGAGCAUUAAGCUAUGUAAAGAAUAUUGGUGGGAUGGUGUCAGGAGCAGGUUCAUAUGUUUCCUCUGGUCUUACUUAUCUAGGAAUUAAGAAAGAUAAUAGUUAGACUCCUAAUAAAUAUGGGAGCACUACUGGAGGAUCAUCAAUGAUGGGAUACGGAAGCGAAUCAGUUGCUAAGACAGGAGGAUAUUAUGACCCUCCUGGUGGUUACUAAGCAUAAGAUAAUGUAAAUAAAGGAGCUUAUGAUCAUAAAUGGGGAGCCUAACCUACUUAACAAACAUAAUAGGAAGAAAAAAUAAAACCAGUUUGGGGUCAAUAGAAUAAGCAAGAAGAAUUGAAACCUAAGGACACAAAGAAAGAGGAACCAGUAUCAAAAGAUGAGAAAGAGAAAAAGAAGAAGGACAAGAAGACUCACAAAAAGAAGAGAAAGAGAAGUUCAUCAGGAAGCGAUUCGUCUGACAAUGAUAAAAAUAAAAAAUAAAAAGGAGAUAAAAAAUAAAGUUCAAAUGCUGAUAUCAAUCUAUUAGACCUUGAUUUCAAGCCAGAGCAGAAUCAGAAAAAAUCAGAUACUAAUACUUUCUUCGAUUUCCCUCCAGCUCCAACAACUAACACAACCUCCAGUAAAGCAAACACAGCUGAUUUAAUGGAUCUAUUAAGUUUUGAUACUCCAGUUUCCUAAACUCAAUAACCACCAAUUCAAAACUAAAAUAUCGGUGGAGGCAUCGACUUACUUUCCUUUAACUAAUCAACUAAUUAAACAUUCCCAACACAAUAGACAACAAAUAACGCAAUUCCUACUUUCAAUAACUUUCCCAUAAAUACUAACAUCCCAGUGGUGAGUAACAAUAAUUUAAUGAGUGGAAGCAAUGUUUAGAACUUCAAUUUCAAUUUUAAUCAGGCACAAAAUAACCUUAACAUUAAUCAGACUAAUAUCCAGGCUUUCCCAGGUCUUGGUAUUUAGAAUCAUACAACAUCUCAAACUAAUAUACAACACACAUAAAACUUAUUCAAUAAUCUUAAUCUUAGCAAUGGCGCACAAGCUUAAGUCCAGUAGAAUCAUAAUAUUCAGAAGCAAUAAAGUGCUCCUUAGUCAGCUAACAAAAAUUCGAACGAUGCCUGGGAUCUAGGUGCCAACCUUAUCAAUCUUAAUUUGAAGUAGGGUAUGAGUGUUGGAGAUUUUGAUUAGGAAGUUAAAAAGCCUAAUACAUUCGCAAACUAAAACCCAGUUUAUAUAAACCAAGGUGCCAAUAAAGAUUAAUAAUCAACCCCGAAAUUCAUCCCAAAUUUAGGCUUCGGAAUGCAAGGCUAGCAGUAGCAAUAUGCUUAAAUGGCUGGAAAUCAAUAGUAUUCUCAGCAAUAAAUGCCAGGAUAUAUGAAUUCUCAAUAAAUACCUGGAUAAAAUAUGGGAGCCUUUCCUCAGUAGAACAGUAAUUUGAACUAAAUAAACUAGUAGGCAUAGUUCAAAAGUAUGAAUCAAAAUCCUUCACUAUAGCAACAACAGUAGAAAUUCUUCUGA